AUGGACUAUGUUCAUCAUGUGACUGUGAUAGUUUGGAAUGAAGAGGAACGUCCUGAGUUGAAGUUGUUCUCCCAUGGAAGGAAGGUAGAGAAAUUUGGCAGGUCAGCUCCUAAGAUUGAAAGCUUAGUGGUUGUCACAGGAUUAAGUCCUCUGAUCGCAUGUUCGCUGGACAAUGGUGAUCGGGGACUUAUGUCUACUUUUGCAGAGAGGUGGCAUAAGGAAACUAGUAGUUUCCAUUUGCUGGUAGGAGAGGUGACUAUCACCCUGGAUGAUAUGGCAUCGUUGCUACAUCUAACUAUUACAGGCACCUUCAAUAGCUUUGAGGUUCUUCAUGUGAACGAUGUCAUGUUCCUCUUAGUUGAAUUGCUUGAAGUGAGUUCUGAAGAGGCAAGAGCUGAGACGAUACAAUGCCAUGGGGCAUAUGUUCGUCUAUCCUGGCUACGAGACAUAUAUCGGAGCAAAUGUGACGUGGCAAAGUGGACUAUGGCAGCUCCAACAUAUUUGUUGCAUCUACUAGGUUGCACACUAUUUGCUAACAAGAGUGCCACACACGUGCAUGUGGUGUUCUUGGAUGCAUUUCGUGACCUAAUGCAAAGUGGAAGCUACGCAUAA